CAUCCUGCAACUCUGGAAUUUCUGGAAGUGAGUCAGAUCUCAUUUAUUCAGGAUCUCGGACCAAAAGGAAUUGAAGGUCUGAUCUUAAAGAAAUCAGGAGGAAACACAUUCCCUGUGUGUUACUGGUGCGGAUCCAACAGUGUCUGUUACCGGUGGUCCAAAAGAUGGCUGGUGGUAAAAGACUCCUUUGUUCUCUACAUGAGGCCAGAGGAUGGCCAAGUAGGCACGGUGAUUCUGUACGAUAAGGGAUUUCACAUCAAAAUAGGGACCCGGGAGACCGGAGUCAGGCAUGGAGUCACGAUUGAGAAUCUUUGCAGGGCGCUUACUAUCAAGUGCUCCACGUAUAGGCAGGCUCGUUGGUGGGGGCACUCAAUAGACGAGUUUUCUCAAAUGUUUGGACAGGACUUUCUGAGGGAAAACCGCCAUGGGUCUUUCACCCCUGUUAGAGAAAACACUUCAUCUAAAUGGUUUGUCAACGCAGCUGGAUACUUUGAUGCCAUAGCUGAUGCCCUGGAAGGAGCAAAGGAGGAAAUCUUCAUCACAGCCUGGUGGUACAGAUUAACAUCAGCUUCAAUUACUCCCCAUGUACCUCGCUUUUACAACUCUGCCAAGCUCUGA